AUGGUCACAUUGUCAUCUCAUAUUUACACCACGAUUUCUCGGGAUGAAGUUCGACUGCUGAAGCUACUUCCCGAUGUUAGUGGGGCUGAUAAUGCAGCCGUUAAAUGCGAUACUUACGUCGUGUCUCUUUCGACUCGUCCAAAGUACGAAGCACUGUCGUACGUCUGGGGAGACCGAGCUACUGAAAAAAACACCAUAAGGAUUUCGGGAACGGAGUUUGAAGUUACCAAGAAUUUGCAUAACGCUCUCCGUAACCUCAGACUGCGAGAUUCAGUUAGGACGUUGUGGAUCGACCAGAUAUGUAUCAACCAGGACGACCCAGACGAGAAAUCUUGGCAAGUCCAGAUGAUGCUUGACAUAUAUCGCCUGUCAUUUCGAUGUUUAGCCUGGAUGGGAGAGAUCCGAGAUGAUAUUGAUUUGACUGACGCAAAAGCGGGAGUGGAAUUUUGUGAAUACAUGGCCAUUCUAUCUGAAGUUGAAGACGCCAAGGCAGUCCCCGUUCCAACUUUUUUUGCGUCUUUAGAUCAUUUCAAACGCGCUAUGAGGGCGUUAAAGUCUAUUUCAAAUUCUGAAAAUCUGUGGUGGACUCGAAUCUGGACUGUGCAGGAAGCUGUUCUCCCGCCAAAUCUGUGUUUAGUCUGGGGCCCGUUGCAUUUGGAGUGGAAUGUAUUGAGCCGGGCAUCAGAAAAUUGGAUAGAGGGUACUAAACCUGCAUCUAUUCAUCUUGUCUUGAGUAAAACCAAUCUCGAGUUCUUGGAUGACUUGAUGUGCCAGGUGGUCGAUGUUGCAACGCAUUAUGCGUCUAAUACCAUCGAUUUGAUAUCAUGCGAAUCAGAUUUGCGACCACUAGCCAUGGAACUCCGAAUAUCAGAAGAUCCAACACCUGGAAUACCCCGCUGGGCCCUAGACUUAAAAGCUUGUCCAAGUAAUAGCGAGGGGUAUUACCCCUUGCAUGGAUAUCCUCAUUAUAAUGCAGCGAGUGACCGCCCGAUGGACCGCGAGCUCUUGCUGAGUACGGCUACAAAGACAAAAAUGGUGCUAUCGUUGAAGGGGAUUCUAGUCGAUACCAUUAAAUUUGUUGAAGGGCCACAGUAUGCACCAAGUAGGGAGAUAUCUAAUGAGAAUCUCGUUAAAACGUUAUCUUCGUGGGCUGUUCUUGCAAACUGCAGCGCUGGAAUCAAUCAGCAGCAGGCUUUUGGUCGGAUGCUUAUUGGGGAUUUCGUCCGGAAUGACCAGGAUUGGGUACUAUCUCGAGCCUCCUCUAGUGAUGCUCACGAUGCUUUUUUAUUUGCUACAAGUGGAGAGUCACCUCCCAAUGCUGCCCGACAGACAAUAUGGCGUAUGGUGAAAGAUGCGGCAUUUUUUAUCACAGAAAAAGACGCAAUAGGACUUGGAAAUCGAGAGACGAAGCCUGGAGACGAGGUUUGGAUCUUCUAUGGAGGGAAAAUGCCAUUUACCAUUAAAAAACGGCCUGACAACCCAGUUGAAUACGAUUUCAUUGGGAGAUGUUAUGUCGAUGGAAUCAUGUUCGGCGAGGCUUUUGAGGACGGAAAUAGAACAUUACACGAGCAGGUUGUCGGGUUGCAUUAA